UAUUGUAUACCAAACAUGAAUUUGUUCAUCUGGAAUGACUACGAGUGGCGUUUGAUCAAAGAUUCUGACGAAUAUGACAAGAAAUCUUUUUUCGUUGUUCGAAAAUUGUUCGUGCAAUGGCCUAAAGAAGGUGAUGCAAUGACUUGCAACAAGAUAAUUCGUGAGCAUUACGAGGCGUACGGUGACAUUGAAUUUGUAGAAGUAGUCAACGAAGAAUCACCUUUCGACAUUCAUGAGGCGUAUGUAACUUUUGCCCGAAGUGAAGACGCCUACUAUGCCUUUAUGGCCGGUCGACGUGGCACAAAAGCAAUACAAUUGCUUCCAGCCGAUACUUGGCGUCAGCCCGGUGUUGAAUUACGUUUACCUGAACAAAUCAAAGCCAAAAAUGAUGAUUUCGAGUGCGAGGACAUCACCGUUUCCGAAUUGAUCAAUGAUGAAACACAUAUGUGUAAGUGCGCUACCGUUGUGCCAACGAUUCACCUCCGUCAACCAAUGGGCUUGAAAUCAGUGUUGGAAUGUUUUAAGCCGAUGAAAGAACGUGUUGAGCAUGUGAACAUUGUUUUCGAUUUCGUGCCAACCGAUAUGUAUAUCAACUGUUUGACAGACCGUGAAUAUGUGAAACGGGCCAUCCAAGUGAUCAGCAAGAUUAUCGGUGAUCGAUUCAAUGAGCUGACAAUCACCAAAGCCGAUACGAUCACACUCGAAUUGCUUGAUGCAUUAGCACCGAUGCUGAAAUUGACGGAAACACUAACGUUGGAAAUUGAGAAUAAUGCAUCGGUGUUGUAUGUAUUAGUCGACUACUGUCCCAAUUUAAUCGAUUUGGUCAUGACAUCGAAAACCUGGAGUGGUGAAUGCUCUGAUGCAAUAGCUCGUCAUUGGCCAAGCAUUGUUCGCUUAGUGAUUGAAGGUCAAUUGAACAUUGGCGGAGACACAAACGACAACGCAAAACUCCAACAAUUUAUCGAAUUGAAUUCACAAUUGGAACAAAUUGAGCUCAAUACAUUGAUCAAUAUCAAUGUGAUCCGAUCGAUCGCAGAGCACUGCAAAGAUGUGUAUUCUUUGGCCACAGUUCACGCAAACUACAAUGACAUCGAUGCCAUUGUUGAUUUAUUGGCACAAAUGAAACACUUGUCAAGUGUGAAACUAAGCUUUCUGAAAGUUCAAAUGGAUGAACUCAAUGUAUUGGCAACAUGCGCCGAACGAUUCAGCAAAAUGAAACAACUCAAAUUGGUUACAUUGUUUCAAAAUCUCGAACCACCCCAAAAUCAGCAGUUCCUUCGUUUGUUCACAUAUUCAGUGAAAGUACACGAUGGAUGCAGUUGUCAUGGACCGAAUGUUCGCAAAUUACAAUUGGGUGGCAUCAAUAAAAUGCUGGAUCUACCUGAAAAUCGACCAGUAUUCGCGACAUUCAUCAACACGUUCAAUUUGAAGGACAACAAUGCAGACAUGGAUUUACUUGUGGCGCCAAUCAUUGCAUUCGAAAAGGCCAAGAAAUUCUUCCCAAAUAUCGUCGAUGGUACACCAAUUAUAAUUAACGACGAAGACAAUUCUCUCUGCAUUCAUGUUAGCUAUGCAUGA